UUGAAUCACUCCUAUUAUUUCUGUUCAACAGGUGUUUUGUUUUGCGUGACGUACAAGCCGCAUACACGCAAAGUGUGACAGAUGGCCCGGUUAUACUUUGUGAGGCUUCGCGAUUUUAACAGGAUGGGCAGAUGGGGAGGAACUUGUUUCCUGAACAUCGCUAUCAUAUUCACAUUUUUUGAGGCUUGUAAAGAUUGAACACUUGACAGUUUUCCCCUAUCAAUCAACACAUGUCGUUAGAAACUGACCAUCAGUAGAAAGCAUUUCUUUUGAGAAUUCAGCGGCUGCGGCGCUUGUUGCAGGUAGAGGUGUUUCAGUUGACAGGUUGUAUGCGCCGGAGUGUUGCUUUUCCUCAAGGCUGGAAGCGCUUGUGGCGCAUGCGCGGAGUCAGUCGCUCACGGCCGCACGGACGGACCGCACGUGUUUUGUUUUUCACACCUUCAUAAACAUUUGACGAUCCGCCGCGUCACGGUGCUGAUUCUAGUGAAGUGUACUCAGUGCAAAAACAAAUAUUGUGCUACAAUUAUAUGGACUUUGAGAUUUAGUGUCGUGCAAAAACUACAGGAUCCUAUAGUGAUUAUCCUUGAUGAACGUCACGCGCUUUGACUCGUUUUUAUAAAGGUCUGCAUUGCUGAAUUUAAGACUUGAACAAGUCGACUGACUUUAUGGUGAUACUUACCAAGUUGUCGAACUCGGAACAUUUUAACGGAAGAGUGAAGUGUGGGGGCGUAACUCAAAGUGUCAUCGACAAUUCGGACGACUAUAAUUCCCAAAUGGAUUCCAUUGUCUAAAAGACGAGUUUCUUGAGACUAUCAAGUUAAAGUAUAUUCAAAGUGGCGAAGUCAGAGUCGAAGUUAGUGUUAGUGGGAGACGGAGAGGGCGAUGGAUGUUGCUCCUGCUCUGGCAUGAGAAUUGGUGACCUCGGGGGAGCUAUCAUUGAAGCUGCCAAGCUGACGAGGACCUGGUUCUGCCAGAGGCCAGGCUACGGCUUCUCUCAGAAAGUGGACGAGGAGGAAGGCAGCGGCAGCGUGGCUCUCCAUCCGCCGGACGGGUUUUACUCCCACCAGCACUCCAUCCACAGCGGGCACCAUGGCCAUCACGCGGAGCCCGACCGGGGCUACAUGGAGGGCAACAGAUACGUCACUGCUGUGCACAGGCCCAUGCCUGCCUUAAACCAUUCGAACUCGUCAUGCUCGUCCGCGUCGAACGCUUCGACCGGCGCCGGGCUGUGCGCGGGCGCCGCCGAGCCAGCGCCGCCGCUGUACAUCGCCGCGCCCCCCGAGGGCUUCGGCCACGCCGUCCACAACAGGCGUGGCACAGACGUGUCCAUCAUUGGAACUACAGGGAUAACGCAAAAAGAUCCCAGUUUAUCCCAAAAAAGGGGUAAAUUGACAAGAGGUCGUUAUGAAAUGUCACAAGACCUGCUCGACAAGCAAGUUGAAAUAUUAGAGAGAAGAUACGGCGGUCUCCGCGCUAGGCGCGCGGCUGUGACCAUACAGAGAGCCUUUAGGAGACGGCAGCUCUUGAAGAAGUUCAGUGCCAUCACGGCGAUGGCGAAGGCUGCCGAUUCCACGGCCAGGAGGAUGCAGGACGGGCCGGAUCAUGGUCAACUAGUCAAUGGAAACGACAUAUACGCAAACGCGCUGAUUCAGAAGAGCCCGGGCGGGGCCGAGAAGGGGCUGGCCCUCACCAGGCCCAUGCGUUCCAUGUCGCUGCGAGAACGCCACGACAUCGAUAUGAGUAAUCAUCUACAAUGCGAAAGCCAGGACGUUGACGCGAUGGUAGCCAGAGUACAGCAGUCCGCACACCAGAUACACAUGCUGGCGACAGACAUGCCGCAGCACCAUAGGGGCGACACUGACAGCGGGGUAUGCAGUUGCUCCGUGAGCGGGUCGGUGACGAACAUAUCGACGUCCUCCUCGCACAAUGAAUCUCUACACAACCACCAGUUGUUAAACAAUACAGGUCCAAUUUACGGCAACCUCCUGUCCUCCGGCGGCAAACCUCUGUCCUCGCCGACGGCCAGACAGCAGCAACAGCUAGCUGCCAUCCAAGCAGCAAACGCGCGUCGGUUUCCACCUGACGUGCCGAAACGCACCAGCAGUAUCACACUCAACGCCGAAAGCCCAGUUUCCCUCCGGCGCGCCGAGUGCGGCGCCAACGUGGUCCGCGGCGGCUCCAUGUCCUCGGUGCAAUCAUCAUCAUCGUCCUCCUCUCAGGAGCACCGCCACCACUACCACCAGCCGUACCAGCCUAGAGCUCCUGAGCCGCACGUGCAUAUCCAAGAGCAACACUUCCAGCAGCACCAGCGCACCGCGUCAGGCACUCUGUACGAGCCGGUGAACAGCUACGGAGUGUGGAAGCGGCAGGACGCGCCGCCGUACUACGAGGCGCCGCAGCAGUGCUGCCGCCCCGUGCACGACACACAGAUCAAGGUUUCAGAAACGGUCCGCAAGCGCCAAUACCGCGUGGGCCUCAACCUCUUCAACAAGAAACCUGAGCGCGGCAUCGCUUACCUCAUCGCCCGUGGGUUUUUGGAAAAUUCCCCGCGAGGCGUCGCGAGAUUCCUUAUCACUAGGAAGGGCUUGAGCAAACAGAUGAUCGGGGAGUAUCUCGGGAAUCUCCAGAACCAGUUCAACAUGGCCGUGCUAGAAUGCUUCGUAACCGAGCUAGAUCUCUCCGGCAUGGCUGUGGACGUGGCGCUGCGCCGCUACCAGGCACAUUUCCGGCUGCCCGGCGAGGCGCAGAAGAUCGAACGGCUGGUCGAGGCAUUUGCGAGGCGCUACUGCGUCUGCAAUACGGACUUUGUGCAGCGAUUACGGACGCAGGACACGAUUUUCGUGCUAGCCUUCGCCAUCAUCAUGCUGAACACCGACCUGCACACCCCCAACCUGAAGCCAGAAGCUCGAAUGUCACUCGACGACUUCGUUCGGAACCUACGAGGCAUCGACGAUUGCGGUGACAUCGACCGUGACAUGCUAGCUGGCAUCUAUGAACGGGUUAAAUCGAGCGAGUUUAGACCAGGGAGCGACCAUGUUACGCAGGUGAUGAAAGUGCAGGCCACCAUUGUUGGCAAGAAACCGCAUUUGGCGUUGCCGCACCGCCGGCUCGUGUGCUACUGCCGGCUGUAUGAAAUACCGGACAUUCACAAGAAAGAGCGUCCGGGCGUGCACCAAAGAGAGGUGUUCCUGUUCAACGACCUGCUGGUGAUAACGAAGAUCUUCAGCAAGAAGAAAUCCUCGGUCACGUACACAUUCCGCCAGUCCUUCCCUCUGUGCGGCAUGAACGUCAACCUCUUCUCCGUGCCACACUACCCAUUCGGCAUCCGUCUCUCGCGGCGCGUGGACGGGCGGCGGCUGGCCACGUUCAACGCGCGCAACGAGCACGACCGCUGCAAGUUCGCCGAGGACCUGCGCGAGAGCGUGGCCGAGAUGGACGACAUGGAGAACAUGCGGAUCGAGGGGGAGCUGAACCGCGGGAAGGGGAGGCAGGGGAAUAAUAAUAGACAAGUGAUGGAAAACAGAGACAGCGGUGUAGCUGACGUCGAGAUUGAUCAUCAACAAUGCAUGGACCACGUUCAUGUGCACGGCGUGGUGGUCCCGCCGCCGCCAUCUUGCCCGGCGCCCGCGGCCCCGGCGCGCCACGCGCAGCACCCGCCGCCCACAAGCAUCAUCAAGCGCAACGUGCUGUCCAACUCGCUCGUCGACAUCAACGAUCCAGUGGCAAUGGCAGCAGAGCGGCUGCAGCGGCGCGGCUCCGUGGGCUCGCUGGACUCGGGCAUGUCGGUGUCGUUCCAGCACGGGUCCCGCACUGCCCUGCACGCCACCUCGCCCCGGCAUCCCCCCGACCAGCGCUCGCCAGGCCGUCUUUUCAGCGGAAUAUUCCCCAGCCGAACCCGAAAACUGAGCGCUUCGGGCGUCCUCGACAAGUCGGGCCACGUUGGCAAGAGUACAGAGGUUUAAGCCAAUCAGCGAGCACCGAGGUGACCAAGCCAAUCACAGCGCCGCGCGUCGCGCGUCGACUUUUAAUUUCGAAUUUGGAACUCUUUCCAUUGAUUGUUUCAUUUUAAAUUUCGAAUGCAUUCCAAAUCGUUUACGUUUCAGAACGUAACGUAGUUUGGAUGAUAGUUUUUUUCUUAGUGCCAUCUUUCUUUUUAAUUUGGAUGAUAUAAGUCGCUGGGUCACUUUAAACCAGGGUAAAAGGUUAAGGGACAUUAGGGGUAGGGGUUUUCGAAGUGCCAAUGUAAUGCACGGCCACUCGAAUUUAUUUUUGAAAUAAGAAUACGAUAUUUAAACCUAAUUUGACCAUUGAC